UUCUGUUUCAUCAGUGCCCUGGUGUGGGGCUUGGUGCUUGGGUAUGACGUAGAGCUAGGCUCAUUUGCUUUGGGCUGGGCCUUUGUGGUGUCUGAAGUGUCGGUCAGACUACACUGAGUUAGUGACGGAAAUGUUCACCGGUGGGUGUGAAUUACUGGCUGUAACUCUCAAAUUUGCCAACAUUAAAAAUUGUUUCUUAUACCUGUCAUCCACCCAGGUGUCCCAGCUUCGCUUAGCCGAGAACCAAACAAUAGAGCUUUCCUGGAGAAGUCAGUGUUCUGCAUUUCUAAGCUGGGUAAGCAGAAAGCGCAACAGCUUCCAUGAUGAAAAUAUUGUAGAGAUCAGCAGGCAUCUGGGUGAGAAACUGGGAGUACAGGAUGGAGAACAGGUAGUACUCAAGGCAUGUUCUCUGCUGUUAUCUUGCCAGCAGGUAAUGGUAGAACCUGUCUCAAGUGAUGACUGGGAGAUACUGGAGCUUCAUAGUUCGAACCUUGAAAGGCAGCUUUUGGACCAGGUUAGAAUCGUAUUCCCUAAAGCUACAUUUCCAGUGUGGGUGGACCAGCAUACUGUCAUUUAUAUCAAGAUAAUUUUUCUCGUACCAGCCACACCUUAUGGUCGACUAGAGCCUUUCACAGAACUCAUUGUGACAACAGAGCCAAGACAGUUGAGCUCUUCAGUUUUACAUUCAUCUCAGUUCAGUGGAUUUUCUAAAAGUCUUGGUAAAGGUCAGCUAAAUAGUGACUCCACAGAACCUAAUUUGCAGGAACCAUUUGUCCCAAAGCCAUCUGCAACACUGGACACUAAAGAAACUGGUUUAAAAAUGACCUUAGAAACUCACAGUGAGCAAAGUGCAAAUAUAUUUUCAGGGAUAUGGAGUCGUGUAAGCAGUUUUUUUAGUGGUGUGACAGAGGAACAUUUACAAGUUACAGAUCAAAACCAAGUGGAUAAACUAAGAGACACUCUUUCAAGUUUUUUCCAAGUUGACUCUGCAUUUCGAGUAUGCAGAUCCAUUCCCAUUCAUGCAGACUUCAGUAACCCAUCUCUGAACUCUGUUUAUCAUACAGUUCAUGUUACACCAUGGACUCAAGGUCCAGACAGUUCAAAAUGUCGAUGCACUGUGACUUAUGGAAGAAUGAGUAAACUUCUGUCGCCUAAGGAGCAAGCAGAAAAAUCUAAGUCGAAACGAUUAGAGUCAAAUAAAAAGAAAGUUAGUGAAAGCUCAGUAAAAGGAAUUAAAUCAGCACCACAUAGCAGUUUGAAGGAAAAUGAAUCUUGCUUUGUGCGGAUUGUGUGGCAUGAACUUGACAACCUGAAAUGUGCUGUAAAGCAUCUUAAUAAUUCUGCAUCUGUGCACCUUGGAAAAAUCUGGAUUUCCGAGAGUCUGAGACAGAAAAUGAAAAUUGAAAUUUCUGCAGCUGUGAGAUUAAGAUCAUUUGGAUCAGUGCUGACUGUCCCAGCAUUUAUAACACUACAGCCCAUUCAAACACUGCCCAUGGAUGUCACUGAAGAUGACAUCAGAGCAGCUUUUCUUUCAUGGUUGAAGUCUUACAGUUCUCAUGAAGUACCAAAGCUAGCGACAGAUACUAUGUGGAUACAGCUGACAGUGAAAAAAGUUUUAACAGAGUUUCUGCUUGGUGCUAUAUCCGAACCUCCUGAAACAGAAAAUAAAAAUUCUGAACUCCUGUUUGUGUUACUCCCUAAUUUAUUGCAGAAGACCGUUCUAAAGAUUACUAUGCAGCCUCUGAUGAAAGACACAGAAGCCAAUAAAGCUAUAAAUGUGGUCGACCAAAGUCUGCCUUUUUUGAAGCUCAGCAGAUUGGGUGGAGUUUCUGAGCUUGGAAGAUCUGCAUAUGAACAUAUUGUCCACAGUCUUGCUAGUCGGCCUUUGUAUCAUGAAUUUGCUUCUCUCACAAAGGGACUUCGUAAUGGAGCCAUUCUUCUCACUGGGGCAAAGGGCAGUGGCAAGUCAACUAUUUCAAGAGCAAUCUGUAGAGAAGCAUCAGAAAAAAUAGAUGCACAUGUGGAAAUUAUUGACUGCAAAAAAUUAAGAGGUAAAACGUUUGAAAAUAUAAGAAAAAAGCUUGAAGAUGCUUUUGCAGAGGCUGUGUGGAGGCAACCUUCGGUUCUCUUGUUGGAUGAUCUUGAUGUGAUAACAAAAGCUGCCUUAACUCCAGAAAAUGAAUUAAGUCCUGAGGCUGUCCUUAGCAAGCAUGCUGCACAGGCUUUGAAGGAUAUGAUUGGCACCAUUGUCUCACUGGGCAGUCUAGUAGCACUUAUAGCUACAAGCCAGUCGGAACAUUCUCUUCAUCCCUCUUUGGUAGCCACUCAAGGAACUCAUUUAUUUCAGUGUUUCAAGGCAAUUCAUUCUCCAGAUCAGGCACAAAGAAUUGAAAUUCUGAAAUCUGUGAUACUUAAUAAGACGAAUGUAGCUGAAGAGGCACUCCAGGCACUUGAUCUUCAUUCUGUAGCCAAGGAGACAGACGGUUUUGUGGCUCGCGAUUUUACUGUGCUUGUGGAGCGAGCCAUGCAUGCUUGGGUGCUUAAUAACAAGAGCUUCUUAGAACAAGGGUUAUGUUUGUCAACAUCUGAUUUUCUGCAGGCCAUUAAAGGGUUCACUCCUUCAGCCCUGAGAAAUGCUAACUUGCACAAGCCUAAAGACUUGGGCUGGGAAAAUGUUGGAGGCUUACAUGAAGUUAAGCAGUUGCUGAUGGAUACCAUUCAGUUGCCAGCAAAGUAUCCAGUACUAUUUGCAAACCUACCUAUCCGACAUAGAUCAGGAGUUCUACUUUAUGGAGCACCUGGAACAGGGAAGACCCUUUUAGCCGGAGUAGUUGCACGAGAGAGUGGAAUGAACUUCAUCAGUAUUAAGGGCCCUGAACUGCUCAGUAAAUACAUUGGAGCAAGUGAGCAAGCAGUCAGAGAUGUCUUCACCAGAGCUCAAGCUGCCAGACCCUGCAUAUUGUUCUUUGAUGAAUUUGAUUCCCUUGCCCCUCGACGAGGUCAUGAUAACACAGGAGUGACUGACAGAGUGGUGAACCAGCUGCUGACACAGCUGGAUGGAGUGGAAGAAUUGCAAGGGGUUUAUGUACUGGCUGCCACAAGUCGUCCAGACUUAAUUGAUCCAGCUUUGCUGAGGCCUGGUCGCUUAGAUGUAUCAGUUUACUGCCCACCUCCAGAUCAGGCUUCCAGAGUGGAAAUCUUGAAGGCCCUAAGUCAGACAUUGCCCUUGGCAGAUGAUGUCGAUUUCAAGCAGAUUGCCUCAAUGACCGAACAUUUCACGGGGGCCGACCUGAAAGCACUACUUUAUAAUGCCCAGCUGGAGACUAUACAUACUAACUUGUUGCCAAACUUAUCCCGGGAUGGAGGUUCUGGUUCAGACAGUGAUGUCAGUCUUUCCUCUAUGAUAUUCCUGAACCACAGUAGUGGUUCUGAGGACUCUGCGGGUGAGGGUGACGGAGGACUGGAACAUUCUCUUGUAUAUCUGGAUCCAUCUGAAGUUCCUUCUGAAGACCCUCGACCCAAUGUAUGGCGACUUUACUUUGGCAGUUCCUAUGAAUCUGAGCUUGGAAAUGGAACUCCUUCAGAACUGAACUCUCAGUGUCGAUCAGGACCGAAUUCUGUGACCCAUGACCUAACUGGCACUUCACUGAGGGAUAUAUCUAGCUCCCAGUCUCUGGCAUUUAUGGCUUCUUUGCAAGAAGGUUUCCAGGAGCUUAAUCAAGAACAAACAGAGCGACUUCGAGCUGAGAUUAAUAUUAUCAAAGCAAAUUUCCGGAACAGAAAUGCUGAUGACUUAAUCGUUGGCCAGCCUGGACAGAGUAGAAAUGCACUAGUGAUCUGUCAGUCUCAUUUGAUGGCAGCACUUGCCAGUACAGGUCCAUCUAUUAGUCUUGAAGAUUGGAAGAAUUUUGAAGAGCUGUAUGAGAACUUUCUGCAUUCCCGUGAAAGGAGAAGCUACAGUCGAUCCACCCUGCAAGCAGGGCAGAAGCUUACUCUGGCCUAGUAGUCCAAUGUACUGUUAUAAAAAUAACUUACCACAGAACUAAUCUAAUAUUGUAAAUCUUGUAAAUAUUUAUUUGAAUGCUGUAUGCAUAAUUAAUUGGAAACAUAACUGUACUAUACUACUUUCGCUGAUAUUGAUAGUAUGCUAUGUAAUUUAACAUCACAUUAAUUUUAUUACGUUUUAUAUCAGUACUGUUGCCUCUUUUCAAAUGCAGUAAAUAUUUAACUGUGAAAAAAGGUGCAGCCUAAUAAAUGACAAAUCACG